AUGGACUUAUCCACUUAUCCAUACUUAUCCACAAGAGAACGGCGGCCCAGCAUAAAAGAAGAGGAACCUUUGUCAUUUGUUCAAUCAAGUGAAGAACCUCCACAAAUUGUGAGUGAUUUAACAAAAGAAAUCGAAAAAUUAAGUGCUGAACUUCAAGAAUUAAACGAAGAGUAUGUGUCGCUAAAAAAAGAAUUUGCCGCAUACUGUCAUAGGCCAAUAACAUCUAACUUUUUUAGAAAAUGUCAAAACAGUGACAAAUGGAUGCGAGUUUACACUAGAAUGCAAACUGCGAAGUCAUUUGAGAAACAGAAUAAGGCAAUCCAGUCAGGAGUAGUAGAACAUAAUAACAGUAAACUUUGUAAACGUCAACAGUUUUUUUUUACCCUUGUUAAACUCACUCAUAAUCCAACGGACUUAGAUUUGGCAUUUCGCUUUAAUAUAAACGAAUCGACAGUCUCCCGCUAUUUUCAUUCCUGGGUAAACUGUUUGUAUUACAAGCUCAAUGAACGUGUCAUUAUUUGGCUACUUAUUUCAGAACUAAAAGUCGCAAUGCCUAUGUGCUUUCGUCGGCAUUAUCCGAACACUGUAUCGAUCCUACAUUGUUUUGAAACGCAAAUUCAAAUUCCUAUCGACAGGAAUGAUCAAGCAGCCACAUAUUCAAACUAUAAAAGUAGAAACACUGUUAAAUAUUUGAUUUCUGCAACACCUAACGGCACUAUUAAUUUCAUUUCAAAAGGAUAUGCUGGUAGAAAGUCUGGUCAGUUUAUUGUUAGGAAUAGUGGAUACAUAGAUAAACUAAAACCAGGUGUCUGGGUUCUUGCAGACAAGGGUUUUGAGGUAGCGGAAGAAAUAGGAUUGAGAGGAGCAAAACUUAUAACUCGCUUUAAGACAGCAACGCAACUAACACAAUUAGAAACAGAAAUAUCACGCAAUGUUUCAAACGUACGGAUCCAUAUCGAACGAGAAAUAGGAUGUAUGAGUAUGAAGUUCGACAUAAUGUGCGGACCUGUUAUAAUGUCAAACCUUAAUACUUUUGAGGAUAAUGUGUGCUUUUAUGAUAAAAUUGUUGCUGUUUGUUGUAUAAUUUCUAAUUUGAAUCCUAGUAUUAUUCCACUAGAAUGAUUUAUUCUGUCUCUGGAUUACAUCUUUGGAUUUGAUUUAUAACAAUACAAUUUCAAAUUAAUUCACUGGCUUCAAUGCUUUCCUAACAUUACUAACUUUCUUUCUUUGUUGUUUACAGUCAUCACAUGUCAAGUUUUCUCCAAAUCUUUUUUUUCCUAAUAUAAGUAAACAAGAUCUGUGAUAAGUUUUUACACGGCAUGAAGCAGAACUACAAACAACCAUAGUCUCAUUCCACCUGUGGAUGUUACAAAAACAAGGACCAUAAAAUGUUGAGUAAGUAGAGGUUUGUAUAACAGUAGGUAUGGAAUUUUUACCAAUGUCUUUUAUAGUAUGCCUAGAUGCUACCACAUUUGAACUAUCCACGGGAACAACUUUUUUUUCUAAGGUUAUAGAUACACUACGGCAUAUAUCUUCGUUAACACCAUCUUCUUCGUUUUCUACAACAGUAUUUGUGGCAGGUAACUGAGAUGCAUUAUCAACAUUACUUUGAAUUCGGUAUCGUGUUUCAGUA